UAUUGGUCAAGAUUCUCUAAAUCAUCACAGUUCCAUGUGGGUCCUCUACUUCUUAUUAAAACCGCGUGCUUCCCAUUUUUUGGCUGGAACCUGAAGCUAAGUUUUAACUCUUUCAUUCACCUAAAUUAAAGCAUCUUCUGUGUCCCUGACCACUGGUUUUAAUACUUGGGUACACAUUUCCAUUGUCGAAUGUUGUACAGUUUUAGAAUAAUUCACUUUCACACAUUUUUUGCCACAAUUAUCUUGCGUGAUAGAUUGUAAUUUGUUGUAACAUGUAUGAAAGUAUGUGAUACUUGAAUUAUUCAUAGUUUUAAUGGCCAAGAUGCUAAAAAAUAGAUAAUUUUGAAACCCAAAAGUCCAAAACAAGUUGGUGUCGACAAAAACAAGAGUGGUUACUAAACAAAGUAAGAAAAUUACAAACUAAAAUGAGUUAUACGUGUUAGUUAUGUGAACUGCCCCAUAAUCCUAUAUGCCUUUACCUGUUUUUUUUUUUUAUGGGUUUCUUUAUACAUAGUUAUAAGUUCCAUGAGCUUCACACUCCCUUAUAAAGGUUCCCACUGAAAUGGUGAAAACCCAUAGAUGAAGAUAUAGAGAGAAUAUUCAGCAUUCCUUAAUUGUAAGUUUUCAUGUCUGUCCUUUUGAAUUGUUCAGUGGACUCUGUGCCUGCUUCAUUCUUAACUUCAUGGGUUUUGUUUUGUCUAAUUAAUAGAUUUUUUUUCUUCUUCUAAUUUUCUGCUUUAUUAUUGUUAUUUUGAGUGACCCUUUUCUCCUUUAAGCUGUCAUGUUAAUGCAAGAAUUAGUAAUGACCACUUUACUUUGUUCAAGAUUUUUGUGGUUCUGGAUUGCAUCUGCUGUUACUUUACAUUUCAUCUGAACAUGAAACAAUGUUAUGAAACAAAAUAAAACAUUUAUUUUGUUGCAACUUGCUAAGAGGUAAUGUGACGAAACUCACAGGUUAACUUCACUUUCUACAUGAAAAAUGAGAUAGUACUUGUGGCUGGUAAAAAUUUGGUAUACUUUUCCUUUCACAUGAUUCGUAACAAGUCUAUGUACGGAAAAAGUUGCUUGACUCGUGUGUCUUGAGUGUUCUUGUGGUGGUUAACAAAUUUGGUGCUGCGGUAUAUUUUCAUCGUAGAUCAAAUCCACUGGUUGAAGACACAUCUCUGCCUUUUCUCAAACGCUAUGGCUACUGGUAGAUCAAGAUAUGUGAGAUUUCGAGAUGAUCUUGAAACUGCAAACUGUACACCACCCAAUGAUAGUCAUUUGUUAAUGCCAACUCAUAACAUCAAUGAUAAACAGGCACCUGAUUUGUGCCUGAGGAGUACUGAGAAAGAUGCAAUAGGCAAGUACUCUCUUGGAAGAGAACUUUCCAAAGUCUUCUCUGAGGAUUAUGAUGUGGUGGAGAAGAUAAUAUUGGAUCCUCAGGGACCUGUUUCAAACAGAUGGAACAAAAUCUUCUUGUUGGCAUGUUUGCUUUCUCUUUUCGUGGACCCCUUGUUUUUUUACUUACCAGUGGCUAAGGAAGAGGCGUGCAUUGAAGUUAUGGAGUCCCUUGAAGUAGCCCUUACUAUCAUUCGGUCAAUGAUUGAUGCAUUUUACGUUGUUCAGAUUUUUGUUAGAUUUCGAACGGCUUAUGUUGGUCCAUCCUCUCGAGUAUUUGGGAGAGGAGAGCUUGUUAUUGACCCUUCAAAGAUUGCUUCAAGAUACCUUCGCAAAGGCUUUUGGCUAGACCUUGUGACUGCCCUACCCCUUCCACAGAUAUUGAUUUGGGCUGCAAUCCCAAAUUUAAGAGGUUCAGAAAUUACCCCUACAAGUAUUGUUGUUCGCUUCCUUAUCAUUUUCCAGUACCUCCUGAGGUUAUAUCAUAUCUAUCCGCUCACAUCUGAAAUUGUCAAGGCCAAUGGGGUUAUGAUGGAAACAGCAUGGGCUGGAGCUGUAUACAAUCUGAUGCUCUGUAUGUUGGCAAGUCAUGUUUUAGGAUCCUGUUGGUACCUCUUAUCCAUUCUACGACAAGAAGAAUGUUGGAUGAAAGUUUGCAGUCUUGAACAACAUGAUUGCAAAUAUUGGUUUUUAUAUUGCAGUAAUGUAGAUAACCCUAUAAGAGCUGCUUGGUUCAAAUCCAGCAAUAUCUCAAGUCUAUGUGCUGGAACUAGUGACUUCUUUCAGUUUGGCAUUUAUGGUGAGGCAGUGACUUCUGGAACUACAUCCUCAAGGUUCUUCAACAAGUACUACUUCUGUCUUUGGUGGGGCCUGAGGAAUCUGAGUAGUUUGGGACAGAAUCUCUUCACAAGCGCUUAUAUUGGAGAAAUAAGUUUUGCUUUUGUGAUCGUGAUCCUUGGAUUGGUGCUUUUUGCACUGCUUAUAGGGAAUAUGCAGAUGUACCUCCAAUCCACGACUAUUAGACUGGAAGAGUGGAGAGCUAGGAGGACUGAUACAGAACAAUGGAUGCAUCACAGGCAACUACCACGUGACUUGAAGCAGAGUGUGCGAAGGUAUGAUCAAUACAGAUGGGUUGCAACUCGGGGAGUUGAUGAGGAAGCCAUUCUUAAAGAUCUCCCCAUGGAUCUCAGACGAGAAAUCAAACGCCACCUGUGUUUAGAUCUAGUUCGGAAAGUACCACUUUUUGAUCAAAUGGAUGACAGGAUGCUAGAUGCAAUCUGUGAAAGGCUGAAACCUUGCCUAUGUACACCUGGCACUUGCCUAGUUCGCGAGGGUGAUCCUGUCAAUGAGAUGCUUUUCAUUGUACGAGGCCACUUAGACUCUUGCACCACCAAUGGUGGUCGCAGUGGUUUCUUCAAUUCAUGCAGCAUUGGAGCAGGGGACUUCUGUGGUGAAGAAUUGCUAACCUGGGCCCUGGACCCUCGUCCAAAUGUUGCGCUUCCUUCAUCUACACGCACAGUAAAAGCCAUCACCGAAGUUGAAGCUUUUGCUCUCAUUGCUGAGGACUUGCAGUUUGUAGCAGCCCAAUUUCGCACUCUGCACAGCAAGAAAGUCAGGCAGACAUUUAGGUUUCACUCUCACCAAUGGAGGACAUGGGCUGCAUGUUUUAUACAAGCAGCUUGGUUUCGAUAUAAAAGACUGAAAGAAGCAGCUGAGCUCAAGAAGAGGGAGAGUCUGGUGGCAUCUGUGCCUAAAUCUGCACCAGAAGAGAGUUCAUCCUUCCCUCCAUAUGGCUCAAGCUUUACAACCUAUGCAGCAAAAUUGGCAGCAAGCACUAGGAGAGGUGGAAGCAAGAGGUGUGGAACUCAAUUUGACAUUCUAAACUCAUUACAGAAGCCAGUUGAACCUGAUUUUACUGUUGAAGAUAGAUGAAGAAAAAUCCUUGUACUUUGUGAAGUGCCAAAUAUCAGUAUAUAUAUAUAUAUAUAUAUAUAUGUAUUUAGUUCUCUUUUGUGUUACCUUACUAUUCUGCAGGUUUGGGCACAAAAUUCAUGGCAAUGCCUUAGUGGUUCAGUCUUUACAUUGAUUAUUCUCAUGUAGGUUUUGUUGCUUAGGCAUUGUUUCAUUGUUAAGAAUGAUAACUUAUA